AUGGACCGACAACUGUGUGACUGUGUGAUUGCUUUGGCUGUACUGCUGUGUGUGGCUACACAGGUGCUGUGCCAGUUGUGUGACAGGCCAUGCCUUUGCCCCAGUCCUGUCCCUCAGUGCCCCACAGGAGUACCCCUGGUGCUGGAUGGCUGCCGGUGUUGCCAGGUGUGUGCCCGGCAACUAGGCGAGUCCUGUACUGAGAUGUUUCCCUGUGACAACCUGCGAGGGCUUCAGUGCGACUACAGCGCCAGCUUCCCUGGGUUACCUGGGGAGUGUGUCAGUCAGAAGGAUCUGGGCUGUGAGGUCAAUGGGAUCUUUUACCAGGAGGGGCAGUCGUUCCAGCCCUCCUGUGACACUUACUGCCGCUGCAGGGGGGGCGGGGUGACCUGCGUGCCAGCUUGUCCGCUGAAUGCUCGUCUUCCCACUCCAGACUGUCCCAACCCACAACACAUCCGAGUACCUGGGAAAUGCUGCAAGGAAUGGGUGUGUGAAAACCUUGAAAACACAGUCAUUCAGGAUGCAAUUACAGCAAUGAAACUGGAUCAGUUAUGGCCAUCUUUGCAGAGGCAUCGCCUUCAAAACAACAAGUCUUCACCUGCCUCCUCUUGUGUAGAGCAGAGCACCCAGUGGAGUGCCUGUUCCCAGAUCUGUGGGGCGGGGGUCUCCACACGGGUUUCUAACCAGAAUCCUGCAUGCAAACUGCAAAUAGAAACUCGCCUGUGUAAGGUGCGACCUUGCCACACUUUCCAGCUGGCACCAAGGAAGCCCAUGUGGGGACAGAAAGGAAAGUGCAAGGCCAGCUACAUGUCACCAGGACCCAUUCGGCUAGUUCACCAGGGCUGCUACAGCACUCAUGCCUACCGAGUCCGUUACUGUGGUCAGUGCACUGACUCGCGAUGCUGCACACCUUACCAAACCAGCACUGCUGAUGUGACCUUCCGAUGUCCCACUGGCAGACUGCUGCAACGAGCUGUAAUGAUGAUCCAGUCAUGCGCCUGUCAUAAUAACUGCCCCUAUGCACCUUUUACAAAUCCUGCUCUGUGGGGAUACAGACCCUGAUCAGUGUGUAAGAGCACGGACUCACUAAAAAUAUAGACUUCAGUGAAUGUUUCAAUGGCUGCACAA